CGUGGAGUCAUAGUGACUUUAGUGAGUAGGGCUCUCCAAAAAAUGGCAACUCCGUCUUCUUCAUCAGAGGCUAAAUCAGAGAAGGUCGUCAUCGUAGGCUCGCGUUCUAGCCAACUGGCAAUGAUACAGACGACGACUAUCGUCCAAGCUCUCUCUGAAGCUCAUCCUGAUGUCAAGUUCCGAGUGGAGACGAUGAAAACUAUUGGAGAUAACGUCCUGGACAAACCUCUUCCAAACAUAGGCCAGACCAACCUAUUCACCAAAGAGCUAGAGACAGCACUGGCUGCCGGUUCGAUAGACCUCAUCGUACACUCUUUAAAGGACCUCCCUACUACCCUACCCCCCGGGAUGAAACUAGCCGUCAUUUACAAGAGGGACUCACCCACUGAUGCUCUACUCUUGUCCCCACGUCAAAGUGGGAGGAGUUUAGAGACACUCCCACCAGGGAGUGUCGUCGGGACAAGCUCACUGCGUCGGAUUGCGCAAUUAAAACGAGCUUUCCCUGAGUUGGAGUACAAGAGUGUUCGUGGUAAUCUUAAUACCAGACUGGCUAAGUUAGAUGCAGCAAGUGAUAAUGAGGGAGACUCUAAUAAAGGAGGAUAUGAUGCUCUUAUACUAGCUACAGCUGGUCUUGUUAGAAUGGGAUGGACUUCACGCAUAGCACAAGAGCUUAGCCCCUCGCUCUGCAUGUAUGCUGUAGGUCAGGGAGCACUUGCUAUAGAAACAAGAGAAGAUGACACCCAAACUAACAGUAUAGUCCAGUGUCUUAAUGACCCGAAUACACUCAUUGCCUGCUCUGCUGAGAGACAAUUUUUAAAAAGUCUAGGAGGAGGUUGCAGUGUCCCCAUUGGAGUUGAGUCGAUAUUAAAAGAUGGUCACUACACGCUGAGAGGUGCUGUGUUUAGUCUUGACGGCCAUGAGGUUAUAAGUGGCAGCAAGAAAGAGUCUUUGCCUUCUUUGGGUACUCCGCCAUCUUUUGAUUCCUGCUCCUCUUUUGGUGCGAAGGUCGGUGAGGCAUUAGCACAAGAAUUGAUCAAGGAAGGAGCUAGGGAGAUCCUUAAAAGGGCGAGAGAAGAAACAGAUGCACUGACAAGCAAAAUAUCUGAAGCCAAAGGAGACUCUUAGCAUUCGAUGCAUGCGCUGUUUUAAUUUCAUUGUCAAUUGAUGAAUCCCUACUCUGUACAUCAGAAUGUCAACAUUUCCUCAUCUCA